AUGAAAUGUGAACGAGUCUUUUUAGGAUUCAACCGUAUCCUUCGCCGCGCGUCGUCCUCGGCAUUUGACAAGCCGUUAAAAGGGGGGCGGAGCGGUAAAAGUCGUGGGCGCUUUUCCCCUCCCCCCACUCAGGGGCGGCGGAUCGGCGGGGGCUCCGCGUUGAUCUCGGCCUACGGCGCCGCCCUGCAUGGCGCGCACCGAGCGGAAAGAGGCUUUUUUGCGGAGCCUUUGGAGGCUUGGCUGGCGAUUUUAGCCUCGGCGGUUCCUUUUUACCACGAUAGCCUUGUGGUUUGCCCGUCCGCGAUGACAAAAGAGCGCGCCCGUGAGCUGUGGAUGCGCGCGAAAGUGCAUCUCCCUCGAGCUCACUUCACGCAGCUGCGGCCUCGGGCAAUACCCAAACCUACGGCGACCGAUCCUAUUAAUCGAGUUCCUCCCUCGGAAUUAUCUGCUUCGGUAGAGCGCAGGAUAUCCGUUCCGGGGGAGGAUUUUUCUUUGGUUUCGGUCCCGAACGCGCUUUCUUCCCUACCCGUUUCGACUCCACCGCCGUCGGUUUACAUUUCUUCCGAACUCGAGCAAUUGCCCGCGCGGUCGCUGGAUUUAAUUGUCCUGGCAGAUAAUGUUUUCGGUGAGGAGAUGUUGUUUGACGCACCGUGGCAUUUAUCGAACGCGUAUCGUCUUUUACGCCCCCACGGGGUGCUUUCCAUCUUGGGUUAUUCGCCCUAUAUUCAAUUGACGGCCCCUUCCUGGGCUGCGCAAGACGCGGAAGAUUAUUGGAAGGAGCUUUUUGCCGCUUGCAAAGAAUACCACCACUUGGAAUUGUCCAAAACGGUCCCCGAAAGCGCUUUUACGGCGUCGAAGGAUCAUUCGCGUCGCUUGAAUACAAUCCAGCCGGUCCUUGACAUCCUGGAGAGUAGAAUGGUAGGGCAUGAGGAUGUUUUUUUCCCUUUUCACGCGGUCCAACAUCGUUGGUUGGAUUCCGAAUAUGCCAUGAGCCCAUCCGAGGUGGUGGCGGCUUUUCGCGCAAUGCGAAUUUAUCAAUUACUCCACGCCGAUCAAGUCGCGGAGGAAAGAAUGGAUGCGGUAGACGUUCCACCACCCAGCCUCGGCACCUCAUCCCCUACGUCGGGAUUACACUCAAGUGAGAAUCUUAAUAUUAAUUCCGUCGAUUUGGAUUUUAUGGAACUCACUUUAAACAACACGGGGGAUUCCCUAUCGGGUCUGGCGGUCGUCGAGGAUAAACCCGUUUUAAACGUUCGUCAUCGACGAAGUCUUGUGGAUCCUCUGGAUGCCUUGGAGCAUUGCUGGAGGGUGCGGCUGGCGAUCACUGAAAGCGAUUCCUCCGGUGGUCCAAAUCAAAAGGCAGGAUUUGAAAUGCCGCCGUUUCGCGUUCAGGUAAAGCACUUUGCGAUAACACUCUCAAAUCGUACUAUGAACGCGAUGUCUUCUUGA